AUACCAGUAUUAUUGGCAUUUUGGAAGGGAAGAGAAGAUCACUCGAUCCAAUGCAAUUACCCUGGAAAACGGUGCAGAAUGUCCCUGAGGAGAACACCAUCAGUGGUGCAGGGAUGGAGUUAUUUGAAGAACGUGGAGUGGUUAGCAGCGCAAAAGCCCUCCUCGAUCGUGUCCACCCUGCGACCUCCUUCGGGGGAAGUGUCUCCUGGAAUACCCAUGAGAACGCUGAAUACGUCUCCUGGACAUUCUAAGUCUGCCGUGCUUGACAAAACAAGCCCAGGUUACACGCGCAUGAAGGCUCUCCAGGACCAGCUGGAGCAGCACAGAGAGGAUAUGCAGAAGGAGCAUGAUCGUCUUAACGAUGUGGUGAAAUCACUUGCAAUUCAGUUGAGGGAUGUGAAAGACCUUUACUUAUCUACACGUGAUGAGCGUGAUGCCCUGAAAUCGCAAACUGAACGUGUGUCACUUCCACAGACCAAAUCAAGAACACAGGAAAGACAACAGACGGCAAGCAAGUCCCCCCAGGCAGUGAAGCGGCAGCAGUCCCUGCCGCAAGAGAACUACCAGCAGCGUAAUCGACAACAUGAGAGAAUGGAAUCAGCGGAGCGUUACAAUGCAUCGAGCAACAACCUUCAACAGCCAGUUGCCUCAAGUGAAGACGAUGACGCAGCCGACAUAAAGACUACUGAAUCUAAGGACAGUAAAACUGCUUCAGCAGCAGGAAGUCAGCAGUUUGAAUACACCAAGCAACUGACAUAUCUGGAAAUGUCAGACAUUGUGAAUUCGCUGAACAAGCACAAGCAUGUGCCAGAAGAAACAAUUCGAGGCCUGAGCAUUUACCAGCUGGUGCAGAUUAUUUUCUCGCUGAAAAAGCUUGGCGGCGGCAAGGAAGUGACCAAAAGCGCUCAGGCUGCACUCUAUGUGCCGUUGCAUUCUCAAGUCAUGUGCCACAGCAAUUCUCUGCCGCUGAAGGUGUUUCUCAACCUGGUGACUGAGUUGCUGUCUUGGGGUCGGCAUGAUCCUGUCCUUCCGAGAUAUGCUAUGGACAUCGUCUUUCAGCGACAUGGCAGUCAACAGCCACUGUCAUUGCACACUCUCUUCUCGCUGAUUUCUCUCCUCCACACCAACUAUAAUUCUUUGUACAAGGAGACCACUGGCAAGCUAGUCAAUCAACUUGUGCACCAGGUCUCAGCGCAGUCAAUUCAAAAUCUACCGUCCGAUCAUGUCCUGUUGCUGGGCGAGGUCCUGAUGAGUCCAUCACUUGCCAAGUACGUGAACACAGCUGCACGUCGCUCCUGCCUGCAUAUCCUCCUGGUGCACUUGAAGUCUAGCCAUAGCAAUAGCAGGUCCCUCUCUAUUGUCUCUCUGCGCUGGGAUUUGUACAACUACUUGCAUCGACUUGAAGACACCUGACGUGUGCCAGUCCUGUUCUUCAUCGUCUUUGUGAAGUUAGUUUUUAUGCCGUUUUGUAGCUAGACAUUACUGCCGCAGGCAUGAUAUGUUUUUUUUAUUCAAAGGGUUGCAUAUCAACAUUUCAAGAUGAGCACCAUAGUCAUAGAGCCAAAGUGACAUUGCAGUACUUUGUCAUUCUAUCCCAAGCAUACUAACAGCAAGAUUGGCUGUCUUGAAACUUUCUUUAGCUAAUAAUUAUGCCUGAGAAUGAUUUGAGAUCAGUAGAGUGAGGUGAAUAUGUUAAAAAGUAACUGCUUCGAGGUAUUCCUUUUCUUUUCUAGUUGAUGCUAAUCACUGUAGUAUGAACACAUUGGUGGGCCAUUAUUCCACAUGAUUGUACUGAUGGAUAUGCUGACGCUCAUUCUCUGGUCGCUUCUUCUCUACCAAUAAACUGAUGAAUACCCCCACCACCACCACCACACUCUAUUUUGCUCAAUUUUUUUGAAAGAAUAGUGCUUGUCUGAUCCAACCCAACUGUAGAAAAAUGCUCAAUCUUCGAUACUCGCAGGAUAAGAUUAUUACGAUUAUGAGUAGUAUCACAUGCGCAUGCGCGCGCACAUGCACAAACUAUGGAGCUAGUACACGUGGACCAGGCCUUUCACGACUCAACCGUAGAACAAUUUA